UUUUCAAUAAUAACCUGCAUGCAAUAAUUUUCAAUUUUUCUGCUGGCAACUUUUUUUUGCGGCCAGAGGGAUGUUUGCAACAUAGGGCCAAACAGCCAUACGCACGGGCGGGCCAUGCUUAAAUCGAUUCAAAAUUUGAUGCUGAUCAAGAAUAUAUACACUUUGUGGGGUCUUUGAGGCUUCCUUUUGGGCGUUGCAAACAUUGUGACAAAGAAAUGAAUAUGCCCCUCAUCUUGCGGUGAAGGGUAUAACGGGUUUAAUUAUCAUUCACUCACCAAUUUGAAAAUAAUUAAUUCUUGAAGUUAAACAAUCUGGCAACAUUGAAAUUUGCGCUGACUGGUAGCAUGAAUGAUGCUUCGCAUGAUUCACUUACGUUCGGCCUGAUCCAAUCUUUUGCGAUUAUAAAAACUGAAUUGAAGGCAACGGUUGCAUUAUUAUUAUUCCCCAAUUAUGGCAAUUACGGCUAAUAAAAAAUUCUGGACAGAAUUUAUUAAUCUUUAUGAAAAUUUACCAUGCUUAUGGAAUAGUAAACAUGAAGAUUAUAGCAAUCGCGAGAAACGAAAUGAAAGUUGGGAUAAGAUGGUUGAAAAAUUGAAAGAUAUUGAACCCGAUGCCAAUCAUGAUGCCGUUAAACGUAAAAUAAAUACUUUUCGUUCAAAUUUUAAUCGUGAAGUGAGAAAAAUUAAACAAUCGCGUACAAAUGGUAUUGAUGAAUAUAAUCCUACGUUAUGGUAUUUUGAACAGCUGUCCUUUCUAUUGGAACAGGAGAAAUAUUUGGAAAAAAUUUCUUUUCGCUUUGAUGAAACCAAUAUAGCAGCCUACGACGAUGAUACUAAAUUGACAGUAGGAUAUCCAAUGAAAUGCGAAAUUGAAACCUUAGAUAGUCCUCGAACCAAUGAUGACGAUAAUGAAUCUCGUAUGCAAGAUGAUGAUCGUAUCAAGAGAUCUUUAGGACGUCGUAUAUGUAGGAAAUUACCUUUAAAUAAAACUGCCGAAAAAUUGCGAAAUUUUGAUCAGGAUCAAAAGCAACCAUGGUUGGCUGACACUAUGACUCGGACAUCUCCGCAUUUAGCAUUUGAAGAGCAGAAUAAAAGAAAUCAAGCUGUCUCCUUACCUUCGGCAUUCAACAGUAUAAUCCGAAAAAGUCAAAGCAGAUAUCGAAAAACUUCACCCGGCAUAAAGCAGGAUAAAGAUCAUACUUGCGAGACAAAUGAAGAGGAAAAUAAUGAAAAGUCAUUGCAAAUCGCACAGGAAGAGAUUCGCAACUCAGGCACAAAACGAUCGUUGGAAUUAUUUUCAUCAGAUAGCAAUCAACUGGGAAAGCAGCCGAAAUUUCAACGUCUCUCCUUAUCACCUCAGCCUGUUAUUUAUCAUGAGAAUAGGGUAAACCCUAAUCAAAGCGAUUGCAUAGAUAAUGACGAAGCGGAUAUUUAUGCACGGGCAUGGGCUUGUGGUUAUCGAAAGCUAUCGUCCGAGCAAAAACUGUAUGCUAAAAAAGCUAUGGAUGAAAUCUUAGUGAUGGGUCAAUUAAAUGCCUUGAACCUUCAUACGAUAAUGAUAAAUUCCGCCAUAUUAAGCGGUGGCGGUGGCGGAGGUAACGGGACUAUUUGUUCAGAGUAGUAUUAAUUAUUAUAAAAACUGUUUUUAUUUCAAGUAAAGCUUCUCAAUGUUAGAAAAAUAAUUUCUAUUAAAUCGGACUAUUC